AUGAAAGAAGAAUUGCAAGCUUUAACAAAGAUACAAACUUGGGAUUUGGUGGAUCUUCCGGUUGAUAAAGCUGUCGUGGGAUGCAAAUGGGUUUAUAAGAUCAAAACUCGUGCUGAUGGAUCAAUAGAACAAUAUAAAGCUCGUUUGGUGGCCAAGGGCUUUACUCAAGAAUAUAGUAUUGACUAUGGAGAAACCUUUGCACCUGUAGCUCGUCUUCCUUCUAUUCGAAGCCUUAUUGUUGUAGCUGUUGUACAAAAAUGGCCAUUGUUCCAAAUGGACGUCAAAAAAAUGUUUUUCUUAAUGGGAAUCUCUCCGAAGAAGUCUACAUGA